CGAUUUUUCCCCUGCAUUAUUCAUUUUCAUUCAUUCGUUUUAUUUUCUUUUAUUCAUCUGUGUGUUUGACAGACGGACAGAGACGAGUCUCUUCUGAAGCGAGAUGAAGAGAGCACGACUCUGAAGAUGGAGGAGGAGAUACAGGUUGUUGGCUGCACACAUGCUGACUGUCCGUGUGAGUGUUUCCUGCCAGGACAAACUCAGAUCAGGUCAUGUGAUCGCUGUGCACAUGGCUGGGUCGUUCACGGUAUGAACCACAUGUGUGUGUGUGUGUGUGUUUGCCUGAAGACUGGAUUCCCGUCACCAGUGUUGUGUGUAUUGAUGUGUGUGCGUGUGUGUGUGUGUGCAGCGGUGGGUAAGGUGUGCGCUCCGGCUCUGCUGUGUUCGGGGCAGGUGGAGAUCGUCCAGAGUAACGUGGUGUUUGACAUCAGCAGUCUGAUUCUGUACGGGACGCAGGCGCUUCCCGUCCGGAUGAAGAUCCUGCUGGAUCGUCUGUUCAGCGUCCUCACACACACACAGGUGCUCAACAUCAUACACACUCUUGGAUGGACGCUGCGCGACUAUGUGAGAGGAUACAUGCUGCAGGACUCCUUGGGGAGGGUUCUGGAUCACUGGGUCACCAUGAGCCCGGAGGACGAGGUCGUGACCUUGCGUCAGUUUCUACGUUUUGGGGAAACCAAAUCCAUCGUGGAGCUCAUGGCCGAGGAGCAGCAGAUCCGCCCAGAAACCCAUCGCAUCCCUGUGUUCAAGCCGAGAGAUAAACCGCCCGCAAGAACGCACCACUUUGAGAAUCUGCCAGGAGGAAGUCUAGCGUUCCUGCAGCCGUUUCACUACGUCAGUGCGUCCGUGUUUCCACCCUCGCAUCCUGCGACACAAAAACUACAACGGCUCAGCAAACGGAACAACAGUGCAGAUGAAAUGAGAGCCAGAAACAAAAGAGAUGGAAGGCCGUUACAGAUACGAAGUUCCACACGGUCACCGAAACGCCUGCGAAACGAAGAACAACAUCAAGCGGGAGUCGACGAGCCGAUCGCAGACUCUUCGGGAACCGGGGAACGGUCCUCGAGCAAAGCUCGCGUGAGCUGCAACGCGUGCGCCAAGACGUUUUACGAUAAAGGAACGCUGAAGAUCCACUUCAACGCUGUGCACUUGAAGAUCAAACACCGCUGUACUGUCGAAGGCUGCAACAUGAUGUUCAGCUCACUGCGCAGCCGCAACCGACACAGCGCAAACCCCAACCCGCGACUGCACGCCGCGCUCGAACACGUGACACGCAGAUUCCUCGCUCAACCACGUCGACCGGCCUUGCGUGAAACUACAUCGCCAGUUUCCAUGGCAACCACCAACACUGUAUUGACUGACCAUCAGAUUCCAGUUAUCCGUGAAGGAGGAGGGGGAGGAGCUACAGGCAAUCGUACGGCCAAUCAGAAUGGCCUUAGUCAUGUGAUUGACGUGACACCGAAAAAGAAGUCGCGGAAGUCCAGUACGCCGCUGAAGCUUAAACAAGAAACUCACAGUGAGGAACACGAUCACUUAUCACCAGGACAACCGGUCAACAGUCUCCAUGGCAACCAGUCACCUAUGCCCAACACACACGUGCAAUACAACUACAAACAACUUUGGAAGACGUCGUACGGUUACCAUAGCAACGGGCACGUGAUUCAAGAAGUGCAUGGCGAAUGGAAAGGCAGGUGUCUUCCACUACUAAAGGUCAAAGAGGAGCCGUGUGACCCCACCUGUGACUGUAGAGGUCGUCACCAUAGCAACCUGUGACUGUGACAACAUGAUAUCAGAACUGACACCAAAAAGAAUCUUGUGAAGGUUUUACAGUUUUCGCUCAGAAAUCGCUGGUAUAUUUCACCAAUAAUUACGAAGAAACGGCAAAUAGCACAUUGAAUUGAAAGUGAAAUUCUGAAGUCGAAAGACUGAAAUAGUAUUUUCUUGUAAAAACAUACUCUCGUGAUCUUUCAUUUACAACUUAGAUUUUUUUUUUCUUUACAAUAUAUGUUCCUGAUAUUAUAGUGAAGAUUCAUCCAUGCACGUUGUUGUUAUAAACAAAAUUGCAUUUGUGAACUUGAAUCAAAAUAAAAUAUGUGUGUCGGGCCAAAGUCCCUUUAAGGCAUUACAUAUUUGAAAUCACCAAUGAAACCUGACAACAACUGUCUCUUAAAUGUUGUUUCCUUUGCUGAAAUAACAUCA